AUGCCGAAAAUUAAGUUUUAUUACGCCUGUUUUGUAACCUUGACCUUCCAUUGUAACAUUGGAUGUUUUGGUCAAGUUGACAGCGGAUCCUCCAUUGUUCCCUGGAACAAAACUUCGAUGUCACCAACUUCCUACUUGCAGCUGUUCUACAAUAACUGGUGCAUAGAAAACAAGUUUGGCGCAGAAAUAACAUCGCUCCGCAGUGUUAACAAUUUCAGAAGUUACAAGUACACGACAAGGAAAAAUCUACCUAGACUUCACUGCGAGUCCGAGCGGGCAUCGUCUCAUGUUUUGACCAUCCGGUCUUGCCCGGACAACUACACAGGUCCGGCCAGGGUCGUAGAGCUGUGUGAGGCGGACAUCCCACGAGAGAUGAUGACUUUGGAUGUUUACAAUUUCGUUGUUGACAUGGAAACGGAUUUCCUGUUCUGGAACAAGUACUGUGCCCAGUGCAACGGGUACUCUAACAACACAUACCCGACUGAAAAGGAAAAGGGUGCUGGAGAUAGCUCCGCCCUUUUCGAGGUAGUCCCGCCCUUUCCCCAGCUCAUCAGGUUCUCUAGGCAAGUCAUAAACGACGAUACUAGCAUGAAAGAAUCAAACUUAAAUCAGUGUGAAGACACACACUGGCUUUCGCCUGAUGGCACGUGUAAACCGCUCCACUGUAGCCCAGGUAAAAAGCUGAUCUCCGGCAACUGCAGAACGUCCAACAGUGACGUCACAGGACUGGGCUACAAACUGAGUACCUGGUUCAUGCUUAGACCAGCAGACGUCAAAUUAGAUCAGUUGUCUCUGAAAGCCAUUGGCGAUAUCCUUGAAUCUCAGAUGCUAAACGAGACAAAUCUAAAAGCAAGAAAUAUUUUGUUGCAGUAUAAGCUAGGUACUUUCGCUGAAGGACAAAAUACUGGAAGAUAUAAAGUUCAGUCUCCACUUGUGAUAAUGGCUGAUAUUUUCAUCGUUGCCCAAUUAGAGAUAUCAAGAGAUGAUUUUGAAGAUUUUAUUGUGAAUAAGUUGAUUAGAACUCCGUUAACUAUUGCGGAAAACACAGAAAUAUAUCUUGUCCCCUAUUUAAAGUCUGGUGGCUUAACAGAGUCCAUUUUGAUAGAAUGGUGUCGUUGGAUUACCAAACAUUGCUUGUAUGAAAGAACAAGUUAUUCAAUAUACGAAAGUAAAUAUGAUGUUUUGAAUCGCAAGGACUUGCUCGUGAAGGUGACGAAUACUUUAGCAUGUAGUUUUGUAAGUUUCAGCAAGUCAGAAUACAAAUUGGAUGUCGUCGAAACUGACUUCCCACCAUCCGUGACAGUUACUGUUAAUCUUGGAAAUACCAAGUUGAUCUUCUCGAAGGUGUCGGAGAUCAACAUGUUGGAGAUUGACGGCGAUGGUGUGUUGAAUGUUUGUCGUAAAGAUCUGGACGAUAAACUCGCCUCUCUGGACAAAACUCCAAAUGAACUGAACUAUUACGCCAAUAUACUGACUCUCACUUGCAUGUCCGCGUCAAUGCUGUGUCUCCUGGUGUCUUUAGUGACGUACAUCCGGUUUUCUGAGCUGAGAAACAGUGCAGGCAAAAACAACAUGUUCCUGUGUACAAGUCUUUUACUGGCUCAGGCAUCUUUGUUGGCAAGUUCUUAUCUCUCGGGUUACAAGUAUUUCUGCAUUGCUUUUGGAAUAUCUACCCACUUUCUCUGGGUGUGGAGUUCGGCCUGGACUUUAGUGUGCAGCAUACGCAUGCUCCAAAUGGUGUCAACUAAAUAUCAAAAACCACAAAAAUCAGCAGAAGAACGACGAACUUUGGUUAAAAAUGUUCUCUUUACCCUUGCCCUGCCAACCAUUUCUGUAGCAACGGUUGUGAUUUCAUCUCAGAUACUAAGCCAUGGUCGGAAGAUAGGAUACGGCGAAAUCAACUGCUUCAUUGAUUAUAACAUUCACUUAGGUUUGUGCCUGAUCACCCCUCUAGCUCUCAUCACCGUGUGUAAUGUGGCUUUGUUCAUCGCCACCGUCGUCAGGAUCUACACCAUCAGCAGAUCUGUCACACAACAGGACAAAAUCAGCACCAGCGAUAGACAGCUCUCAUUGAUCUAUGUUACGCUGUCGUUGAUGACCGGAGCUUUCUGGCUGCUUGCUAUCGUUGGAGAAGGGACGGAAUCGAAACCACUUCAGUAA